AUGUUUGUAUACAACCACAAGCAGUCAGAGUGGAGCGAGCUGGCUGCCAUGAAGACAGCCAGAGCCAUGUUCGGAGCUGUCAUUUACAACGGAAAGAUUGUGGUGGCCGGUGGAGUCAAUGAGGAAGGCCUCACUGCUGCAUCUGAAGUCUACGACUUUGGAACAAACAAGUAUGUAGCAUUUUCUUUGUUGAUGUCUUCACUAUACUCUACAAUGUGCAAAUCCGACGAUAACUGCACCAGCGUGGACAGCCUGAUGAAACACUACUACCUGCCAGUCAUGUACAGUGUCAUUUUCGUUGUGGGGCUGCUGGGUAACGUCACCUCCAUCGCCAUCUACCUGGCCAAGCUACGACCCUGGAAGUCCAGCAUUAUCAUCAUGUUCAACCUGGCAUUGACGGAUCUUCUGUAUGUUCUGAGUCUGCCUUUCAUGGUCUACUACUACACCAACGGUGAAUCCUGGACCCUGGGCGACUUCAUGUGUCGCUUUCUACGUUUCGGGUUCCACUUUAACCUAUAUGGUAGUAUACUGUUUCUCACCUGUUUGGCUGUGUUUCGAUAUGUCGUGGCGGCGCAUCCUCUGAGGGCGGCGCACGUGCAGCAGAAGAGGUGGGGUAUCUUGGCGUGCGCUGCGGUCUGGGCUAUAGCCGUGGCAGAGAUCGUGCCCAUGCUCACCAUGAUCACCAUGGAGACUAAAGACAACAAGACCCAGUGUUUGGACUUUGCUAGCGGCGACCCGGCUGUCCUGUGGUGGUACGGUUGGCUGCUGACCGUGCUGGGCUACCUGCUGCCCCUGGUGGUGGUGGUGGUGUGUUACGCCGGUGUGGUCCGUGAACUAGCCAAGGGGCCCCACAACCCUUGCCGGGUACGGGCACGCCGCUUCAACGUACUGAUCCUGGUGGUGUUCGUGGUAUGCUUCCUGCCGUACCACGUCCUGAGGAUCCUAAGAGUAGACACCAGGAGGAAGCCUGAGUCGUCAUGUAUGCUGGUGCACUGGGUCCACACCGCUUAUAUCCUGUCCAGGCCCGUAGCGGGGCUCAACACCUUCUUUAACCUGGUUCUGUACACCCUGGCCGGGGACAAGUUCCAGCAGGCCUUCCUCAGUGUGUUCCCCUGGGGCCCCUGGUGGACCAAGUUCAGGACUCACCUCAAACUCAGCCUGGCUGUCGUCAGUAAGCCCAGUAACACAGCUUCAGCCAAAAGCAAAGCCCUGAACAAGAUGUUUGUAUACAACCACAAGCAGUCAGAGUGGAGGGAGCUGACUGCCAUGAAGACAGCCAGAGCCAUGUUCGGAGCUGUCGUUUACAACGGAAAGAUUGUGGUGGCCGGUGGAGUCAAUGAGGAAGGCCUCACUGCUGCAUCUGAAGUCUACGACUUUGGAACAAAGGAGGAGGGUAAACGUUAUUAG